AUGGAGAAAAGAAGAACAGAAAAAUUUAUGAUUACUGGCAGUGAUGAGUUUCUCUGCAAAUCUCAAGAAGCGUUACAGGAUAGUUUGAAUCUUGAAGCGUUCCGAGUCUACGACGCUUGGGCCAAGUUUGAAUUAUAUUCAACUUCGGAAGUAUCUCGAUGCAUAUGUGCUCACAAAGCCGAAGUGUGUGGACUUCAGGGUAGAUAA